AUGUUGUCGCACUUGUUGAAGGAUACCAGCGUGAUCGUCAGUACCGGGAACGUGCUCAAUGUGAGCGAAUUGCGCAAGAAAGCCGGCCAAAAACCAACCGAUGAGCUGACCGACUGUCUCCGUUCGACGUUCGGCGAGGCGGAAGUUGCCGACCUGCUGCCGAACCGCCGUCUCAUCACACGCCGCAACAACGAUCUGCUGGAAAAGGUGAAGGAGCAUCCGCGGGCGGACAUUAAGAUUGGGGCGAAAAUUUUCCUCAACCGUUUCUCCGAGACAGCGCUGACCGAGGCGGUUGAGAAGCUGUUCGAAACGCUGAACGUAUCGUACCUGGACAAUCUAAUACUGGCCUACCAUCCGACGGCGACCGGAAGUAGCAACGGGACGGACGGUACGAACGGUGUUGCCCAACCGGACGAACCGUCAGAGUCGGAAGUGAAGGAGGGCGUAAUCGAGUGGGCGGUCGGCAGUGACAAUGCGGUGGGCAAUUUGAAGAAGCUUUGGACGCUGCUGGAACGGUACGCCGGUGAUGGGCAGAUUGGACAGCUCGGUAUUGCCGACCUGGAUGCGGACUCGCUCAAGGAACUGUACGAUGCGUCGACGGUCCAUCCGUCGAUAGCGCAGAUCAAUCUAGCGGCAUGCUGUGUUGUACCGCCGCAACUGCAAGCGUACUGCAAUCAGAAUGAAAUUCAACUACUGACGCACAGUGACCCACAAGAGCUGCUGCCAAGAGAGGUACUGAACGAGCUAGAACUGGCAAGCUACGGUGCGGGUUGGACGUCCCGCUAUCAGGUGCACAUCAAGUGUCGCGGUGUACUGGCAGCGAAAGGGUUUAUCGUCAGUUUGGAGCGUUCGAACUGA